AUGAGAGCUUUUCAAUUUGCGGAUGUCUCGACGGGACUUCAAGUCACGGAUGUCCCAAUUCCCAAGCCAGGGAAGGGCCAAGUGCUCGUUCAAGUUAUAGCCACUGGGCUCUGCCACACCGACUGCAAUGUGAUUUCCGGCAAAGAUGACAUGCUCUUGUCGAAACGGCCUGUUACGCUGGGCCAUGAGAUUGCGGGGGUAAUUGUUGAGCUUGGACCAGAUGUCACCAAUUUCAGUAUCGACGAAAGAAUUGUCUCUGCCAUAGCGAUCAGUCAUCCUGUGACACUGCAAGAGGUUUUGACAACAGCCGGUAUUGGCUACGACGGGGGCUAUGCAGAAUAUGUUGUCAUAAACAUUGAAAAAGCAGUACGAAUCCCAGAUGGUGUCACUUUUGCUCAAGCUGCUGUGGCUACCGAUGCUGUCGCCACUGCCUACCAUGCUGUUGUUGUCGAAGCCCAGGCGUCGCCAUCCUCAACCAUUGCUAUCAUAGGCCUUGGUGGCUUGGGCCUUUCAGGAGUCCAACUUGCGUCUUACAUGGGUGCGAAGGUGUAUGGAAUCGACAUUAGCCUCAACAAAUACCUCCCUGCUCUAGAUUCCGGGGCAUUGGUAUGUGUCAAAAGCCUCGACAAGCUACCUGGAAUUAAGUUCGAUGCAAUUGUGGAUUUUGCAGGCACAGGCACCACUACUGCAGCUGCUGUGACUGCCGUGAAACCCGGAGGACGAAUUGUUCUUGUUGGGCUCGCAGCCAAAGAGACAACGUUGAACACUUACGAGCUGGUAGCUCGAGGGGUUUCCCUCAAAGGUUCUGCCGGUUCGUCGGUUGAUGAGGUAGCCAAGGUGCUUGAAUUGAUUGCCGAUGGGAAGAUUCGGCCAAUUUUGGAAGAGAUCCCCUUUGCGGAUAUUGCUAAGGGACUGGAUAGGCUCACUAAGGGUGUUACACUUGGCCGAUUGUAUGCUAACCCAAGCAAAGCCUGA